UUCACCUGCAGGAGGGAGAGAUCUCCACCUCUGCUCCUCCUGCAUGAUGGAGGGACAGAAGACGGCAACACGUUGAUGUGGCUGACGGGUCUGAUCCGAAUCAGUCCUCUGAUCCUCAGCUCCUCAGGGUUUCCCAGAGCUCUCCGUGAGACAUGGUGCUACCUGAAGAUUCCUCCAUGAAGGCCCCCGAGCAGCGCGCCCCGCGGCCCCCGAGCCUGCCCUCCCCGGCCCUGUGCUGCGCCUGCGGCCUGUGCGUCAUGCUGGCCGGCAUCAACAUCACCCUGGUGGGAGCUUUCGCCUUCGGCACCUUCAUCCCGGCCGGCAACCCCCCGAUCAUCAUCGGGCCUCUGCUCUUGUUGGUGGCCCUGGCCUUCUUCGCGGCGUGCUGCGUGGUCAGCAGGAGGCCCCCGGCCCGCGGGCCCAACGGAGGCGAGAAGUGGGGGCUGAUGGGGCGCAUGGGGACGGCGGCGUUCGAGAUGGAGACGAGCGACCGCCUGCUGCAGGACACGACGGCCGUGCAGCUCAGCCCCGCCUCCUCCCACAAGUCCAGCUGCAGCGGCGGGGGCGGCGACUCCCCGCCGGGGGAGGUGCCUGACGUGGGCGUCGCUGGAGAUGGCGCCGCCUUGACCUCUGACCCCCAGACGAGCACUCCCACACCGAUGCUGCCUGCUCGGAACGCUUCCUCCACGUAGCGUGGACUAGUUUGUUUUGCCGUCUCCUGGAUGGAUGGAAGCGUCCGGUGCCGUUGACCAGACUGAUUUUGAGAAAAAAAAGGCGACUGUUGACAGAAAUGUGUUAAACCUCUCUGAUCGUAGCUUAUUCUGUGUUAUGUUGUCGAAUGCUUAUCGCUCAGUCCCAGGGCGGACGACACUUUGCCAGAACAGAAACAGGAGAUGGUACUUUAAUAAUCCAAUUGCCUGGUUGUGUACUUCUUGUUGUAUAAUCCUGUAUAUAAAUUGGGAAAGAAGAUGUCCAGCCCGGCUUUUCUGAGUCAUGAAAGCUGCUUCUGUGUAAGCCUGGUCCACCACCAUUUCAUCCCCCCGCCCCCCACACACACACACACACUUGAAUGUUUGUUUUUUUCAUGUCCAGAUGGAUAUUCAAGAACCCCUGACUGUGUAUGUGAUGCUAACUGCAGAUGUUACGUACAUGUUAGUGACGCCUAAAGCGUUUUACAAAUAAAACUGAA